AUGGCUGAUGAUCAAGAAUUCGAUGGGAGUAAUCCAGUGGACCUCAGCGAGCAUCCUUCGGGAAUCGUUCCAACUCUUCAAAACAUUGUCUCAACGGUUAACUUGGACUGCAAGCUAGAUCUUAAAGCCAUUGCUUUGCAGGCUCGGAAUGCGGAAUAUAAUCCCAAGCGUUUUGCUGCUGUGGUUAUGAGAAUAAGAGAACCAAAGACCACAGCAUUAAUUUUCGCCUCUGGAAGAAUGGUCUGUACUGGAGCUAAGAGUGAAGAAGGUUCUAAAAUGGCUGCAAGAAAGUAUGCUCGGAUUGUUCAAAAGCUUGGUUUUCCUGCGAAGUUCAAGGAUUUCAAGAUUCAGAAUAUCGUAGGUUCCGUGGAUGUCAAGUUUCCAAUAAAACUUGAAGGUCUUGCAAUGUGUCACCGCGAUUUCUCAAGUUACGAGCCUGAGAUGUUUCCAGGGUUGAUCUACAGGAUGAAAGUGCCUAAGAUUGUGCUACUUAUUUUUGUGUCUGGCAAGAUUGUAAUCACUGGGGCCAAGGUAAUGUCUCAUUUUCUGUUUAGGGUCGUGUCGCGUGUUGUUCCUCGUAAAACUAGUUGUGCCGUCCUUGGAUUUGCUAAGCUUGCUGAGAAUUUAGUCCUUUGCUAA